AUGCACAAGGGCCAGCUCUUUCGGCGUUUCACUGCAUUUCAUUUAGUACUUACUCUCGAAGGUCCAUGGUCAGAGCGUGAUGCACAGAUGACGGAGACUUUCGCCCGGUUACAGGACGUCUAUGGAGCUGGCAAGGUCCUAGGUAUAUUAGGUAACUCAGUAUCCCAGAGCCAGUCCGUAGAUUACGUGGACGGUGAACCUUGGGCGAGAGUACGACGACAAGCGUUCACUAAUGACACCAUUAGUACUUCGGAUGAGGACAAACCUCAAAAAAGACAGAGAUAUGCACUGUACAAUGCAACAGAACUUCGACGCAUUAAUGGAACUACCAUACGUUUGAGCACACCUGUCGGUUCACCAACCAUCAAACCAACUAGACUUUACACAAUGCUGGUGGUGCGAUUUGUCAAUACAGAGAGCAAAGAUCCCAAAGACAAGAUCACCUUGGAAUUUCGCUUCAAGCAUUCAGCUGGCUGGUGGACGGCAGUGGGUGUUGAAGUUAAAUUUAACUUGGAAACGACAGGGCUUAGUCUUACUGCGCCACCUCCACCUGACGCACCAUCAGCAGUACUGGGUCGUUCGUACCAUUGCUCUCUGCCACUGGUGUACUCGUCUGAUGAAGCUACAUUGACGUUACCUAAUAUACACGUGCAAAUGUUUAUGGAUAGUACGGAAGCAUUUGAUGAUGCGUUUGACUGUAUUGGAUUUACUACUGUGCCCAUCUGGUCUGGUUUGUUGGCGACCUUCAUUACGCUGAUAUUCCUUGGCAUUACCAUCUCAAUGAUAAUGGACAUCAAAACCAUGGAUUGCUUCGAGACCAAAAGGUGCAGGCAACUCACGAUUACAGUCAGUGAAUAA